AUGCAAGUCCAACAACAACAACCCUCGUCCACUCAGCGCGCUUUACCAUCACUUCAAAGCAUCACCCUUCCUACAUCAUCAUCCAGGUCUCCCUUCUUUGUCGUUCCAGCAGUACCCCAUUUGCAGCAGCAGCCUACUACCUCCAGACCCCAAGCCAAGCCAUCUUUUACAAUCCUUCACCCAAGCCCAGUAAAGGCAGAACAGACCCCUCCAUCCCCAAACAUCUUCACCUACAAAGCCCCAGCGCACAAACAUGCCCACCAUCUUCAUAGCAUACCUCCAAAGGAGAAGACAGUCCAGACUUUGAUUCUUGAUCAUAUGUUAUGGCUGCAUUCACGCACUCGUUUUAACCAGGUCAGAUCCGAGCUGGGAAUGCAGACUGGAUCCCUAGAAGGUCCAACCGAAAAGGACGUCACUGAAACUGACGAUGAUGAACUUACCCGCGAGCUACUUUUUGGGUUAACCGGGGACGAUCGGUAUAAAGGCCUCAGUGCUGAUGCGAACCGGUAUGUACCAAAUGUGGACAUUGAGACCGCGAAAGUUCAAAGGGCGAACGCAGAAGGAAUGGAGAAGGUUCUUACUUCCUUACUCACCCAGCGGUCCGUUGGUUCUCGUCACACUCACGAAGUGAAUCCUGGAGUUCCGGGGGUGUUGCCAAAUGGGGUUAGGAUCAGGAUUGUGCUUUCUGCGCUUGUCAACGACCUGUUCGCACGCGAUCAGCACCUUUUUGGCCCCGAUGAGCAACCAGAGAACGUGCUUUCAGGGUUGUCAAGUGAUUUGUCGCCCAUGUCCAUUGCAUCAAUCGUAGCCAGCGGCACCGCUUCCUCCACUGACUUGCGCUGGGCCCAAAUGGAUUUUGAACCGUCGCCAGGCUCCAACCCUGCCUCGAAAUCGAAGUCAGGUGGACCUCCAGCGCGAUCUAUUUUUUCCUCGAUUCCUCGUGGGGCCGGUAUGGAGUCUCCAUGGGCGCUCGGAUCAUUGAACAGUCUGUCUGCAAGGGGACCCGAGUCGACAUCCGCAUCCCACUCCGUUUCUAGCCCACCCUUUGCUUCAUCAUCUUCAGGGUCGCACGCAAGCCGAGGCCCUCGAGUGCGCAAAGCUGUCGGGCGUUCUCGGGAUUUGUACAAUUCUGGAAUUCAAAGGCGUUGGCCCAUUUGCGCAAGUCACCUGACAGAUUUUGAUGAAUGUCCACCUGAGUGCCUUCACGCAGAGGCCUAUGCAGCGGACAAGAAUGGUCUCCUUACACUAUUAAUUCAAAGAAGCCUGACCACGAUCGGUUCGGGGUUGCCGGACCCCGGCAUUCCAUUGCGCUCUGCUAUUCCUCAGUUUGUCCUCAAUGACGUUAAUGACAAGGGCGAACCAAAGGAACUCACCAUCAGCGGGACACGGAUGGCUGCACUUUUGCCGCGAUUCCUCAGGCUAUCUGCCUUCGUCGCUCGAGAACUUGGUCGUGAGACGCGUGAGCAGCAGCAGCAAAUCGCUGAUGUGAAGGUCGGGACCGUCAUACCUGCGGAGCCCUCUUCCUCCAACGCCACUUCUAUUGCUGACAUUCCUUCCACCACUGGUGACGGGCGCCCCACCCGCAUCUGGUAUGCCUUACUGAGUGGUAUGGUCACUAGGGCCGCUUUAGAGGGAUACCUGGGACGUGGUUGGUUGGGGCCCGAGGCUCUUGAAAUCCUUUUUGGUAUUGGGGUAGGUGUGGACUGGGAAGAGGUUGUUGAGAAACCUGACGAAAAGGAUGUUUCCGCAAAGCGUGCCCGCUCGGGAUCGGCCUCAUCCGACGUGAAAUCCGUGGAGGAUGAUGGAGUCAGCCAGAAGCGAGGAUCGAUUGACACUUCACUUCCGGAAGCUUACGCUGCCCAGUUCGAGCCUGAUGGCAUGCCUACGUUAGCCGAGGCCGCGAAAAUUCUCUUUAAGCGUGGUAUUCCUACUGGCGUCGCGGGUACUCAGUCGGAGUUGAGUGCUAUCAACUCCUAUGCGAAUGGAUUCCAGACCACACGUUUGGGAAACACACGCCCCAUUGACACUGAUCCUGAAUGGGAGGUCGAGAUGACCGAACGUGUCUCCGAGUUUGCCAGUGUGCAUCAUACGACCGACCUUCACACGCAUUUGCUUGACCUUGCGAAGCGAUAUCCGGCUGAGCCUGUUGAACGUGCAGCUCUUCGAUUCUUGGAAGCUGUCGCUCUGUGGCGUGGUCUACCAGAAUUGGAACAGUACAAGGAACGCGUUCGAAAAGCCAAUACCGUUGCGACGCAGCCCUCGACUUCUCCGGAGCGCCGCCGUGGUUCUCUGUCCAUUUCUUCUCUCGUGCACCCCACGGAGACAUCUGACCCGACCUUCGAGCCCAGCUCAUCUCAGUUCAAUACUACUCCCGUUACUUCUCCUAUCCUUAAAUACUUCGUCGUCCCGAAGCAUGUCGUCGCUUCUCUCCCUCCUAAUCCCUCGAAAAAACGCGUGCGCGAUGAAGGCCCCGAGGCUGAAGCAAAGCGAUUAAAAAAUCCUCGUGUAGGUGCAUCAUCAUCUGCAACCGCUGCAGCUAAUACAUCUCUGCCUGGAAUCCUAUCUGCACCCACAAAUCCUCUGGUUGAAUCUUCCUGGACUGGGCCCUAUGGUAUUUAA